AUGAGUCAAUACACCACAAUUUCUAACGGCGUAGUGGUGACCGACAACGGGGUUCCACCCCCAGCCAACUGGGUCAAUUCUUACGAGGACAUGGGAGGGGACAUGCUUUGGGGCCAAGGUGGUCAGAUGGAAGAUGAGGUACGGGGUCGUGGCAUUGACGGAGAUAUCAGGCCUCACUACGGAAUGGCACCCUACACGGGAGAAGCACUCUACCUUUUCGAGGUUGGUAGCGGCAAGUUCUUUUUCUUCAACGCCAUUGAUGGGUCCUUGCUGCAGAUCAGGGAUCAGAGUGACCUGAAGAGUAUUGUGGAUAUCCUUGAUGACGAGAACAAGGGCUUGCCCGCGCUUGACAUUGAGGAAGUCUAG